AAUGAAAUCAUUUUUGGGAGACAUUAAAUGCAUUACAUAAUGAAUUAUUUUUAAAAGGAAUUUUCUGAAUUGUAGAAUAUGAAUAUACACUCCAGAUAUGCCAUAAAAUAGAGUACACUGUUCCCUCACUUAUCGCGAGGGUUACAUUCCAGGACCACCCACAAUAAGUGAAAAUCCGUGAAGUAGGGAUGCUAUAUAUUUAUACAUUAUUUUAGUAGUUAUAAACUAUUUUAAGUCUUUAUCAACCAAUCGUGUGUUGAUAAAUCGCCUCCUUCUCCUCCCAUUGCUGCUUGGGCUCCUUUUCUCUCCCUUUGGCUUCUCCCGCCUCCCUUCCUUAGGCUGUAAAUUAUAUUUUUUAUGAUUUGUAAUAAUAUUUUAGUUUAUUGAAAAACCAUGAAACAGCGAAUCCGCAAAAAAGCGAACCGCGAAGUAGUGAGGGAACACUGUAUUUAUGUUUAAGCACAGAUAUGUGAAAUUUAGGGUUUUAGGGUGUACUUUGAGUUUGGCUGGGAUGCUAAGAUUUGCCAAUCAUAACCAACACAAAUUAUACAUUGAACUCCAUUAACUGCACUGGGAUACAUUGGGGAAGCUGAAAGCUUGACCAGUCUGCCAAGUUAAAAAAAAGUCUAAGCAAAAACAAACAUUACUAUUUUGCUAGUGAGAUUAAUUAGGUGCUUUUUCCUUGCUUUUGUUUAUGUAUUAUGAGGCAGGAAACGACUCCAGGAUUCCUGCCCAGAUUGAUGGAAUAGCAUGGCGGCAUUUAGGAUGGUAUCAAACAAGACUGUAAGGUAAUGCUCAAGAUGAGGCAAGGUAGACUCCAGCAAUACAUGGAGUGAAGGUUGCCAGAUGUUCAAGCUGGAUUUAGAAAAGGCAGAGGAACGAGAGUCCAAAUUGCCAAUAUCCACUGGAUAAUAGAGGAAGACACAAACACUGUGGGAUAUAAUCAUAAAGUUGUAGUCUGUUGUGCGUUUUGUGUGUUGACAUCAAGCCCCGACAUCACAUGUGGCCAAGGAUGCUGUAGCAACGGCAAAUGUGUUGUCAAGGAAACAGCCUUGUGCUCGGCAGUCAAGACCAAUGAGGAUUAAGGACUGGUAUAUUCGAUCUAAGCCUCAGUGACCUUAUCAGAGAGCAACACAAUCUAUCUGGUCUACACUCCAUAGGUGUCCUUCGGCAGGAAAGAAGCUAUGAGAAGACCAGGCAUACACCCUUGUAUUUUGUGGCCACCCAGCUAAAAUCCUGGGUGUGGAUUAUUGUGACUCUUUCCCCAGAUGAAAUGGACUAAGCAGGACACUUUUUGAUAUUUACAUCAUAUAAUCCUACCAAGCGGUUCAUCUGUUGGCUGAACUAAUUUGAUUUGUCAGUAAUGAGGGCAGAAGAACAGAAGCAUGAUUAUUCGCCUUAAUCUUGUAAGUAUGGCUUUUCACUCUCUUCGAGCAGAAACAGGCCAGUGGUAGGAUUUUGUUGCUGUCACUGUAGUUGUGUGUCUUCGACUCUUGCCUCUAGAAUCAUAGUCCGCCACUCAAACUGUUGCACAAAGAUUGCCCUUGAUCAGACUUGCUUUGCAGGAUUUAAUUGAUUUUCCACUAUAACUGUGAGAUCCAUCACCUGGAAACUAAUUCAAAACAUAAGCUUGGGAAGGUGGAUGUUGGACAAAGGAAAGGCUAAACCUGAGCCCAUAUUUGGCCAAGGAUUAAUUUUUAAUAGUGGAACUUGCAGAGAACUUGCAGAGAAAUCCUUCUGCAUAGAUGUCGGUUCUUGUGUCCUUGUCCUUGUUGUGUUGUGUUCUUGUGUCCGCACUUUUACAUUGUUUGAUUUCAGGAGGCUAAUUUAGGAAGAAAAGAUAAAACACCUUCCCCUGCUGCUGCUUAACCAUUUUUGUAUUUUUUGUUUGUUUUUGUUUGAGAAAAAAUAAAACACAAUUAAAAGAGGCAUUGAUGAACAAAAAUAGAGUACCUACCCAGCUGAAAUACAAAUGAGUGGUCAGCUGCCAAAGGCUCACCUGGAUAAAAUAAAAAAGGAUGCCUAUUUGCAGAAAAACAAUAGGAAGGAAGCUAGCUGAGAUUUGAUAGGGAAUUCUAGAGCUCAUACACUCCAGCUGACUCUCUUUGUCAGAGACAGUCCUGGUUAAUCCUCUAUCAUCCCACUUUUUCAGCUGCUGUUAAAAUAUCCCAGUUUCUCUCUCAUUCUCCCAUGCCCCCUUCAUCCUCAGCUUCGAUAUAUACUCGUGGAUGAGUUCAUAGAAUCAAAGUUGGAAGAGACCACAUGUCAUCCAGUCAUGCCAUGACAGAAGACAUAAUCAAUGCACUUUUAAGCCUCUGCCUAAAAACCUCCAAAGCAGAGAGUCCACCACACCCAGGCAGCCUAUUCCACUGCCAAACAGCUCUUACCAUCAGGAAGUUCUCUCUAAUGUUUAGGUGGAACCUUUUUUCCUGAAGAUUCAAACAAAAACAUACUGCUACAGGUUUGGAGGCUAAAAUUAUGGAUUUUGUUAUGACCUGUGGAUGAGGCGAAGGUCAUUGCAUGGCAAGGGGAAAGCACCAGCACAGCCUCAGGAGCCAAUUGCCACUGUUAUUUCCUUGCCCAGGCAUUAAAAACAGCCCAAAGCUGCUCCGCAGUGAAGUGAGUAGAGGACUUUGGUAUUUAUUUUAAGUUUUUGCAAAAUGGACUAAGCUCUCAUCUUUUAGCACUCAACUUUUGAUGAAAGUUAAGAUACAGUACUUACAUUGAUCUGUGGAUACGUCGAUCUGGGUUUUUGGUAUUGAUUUUUUGGCAACAGUUUCCAUACUUAAGCAUGAGUAUAUACAGUGCUUCAUUUAAUGCAAACUGCCUUCAAAGUACAGUAGAGUCUUGCUUAUCCAACGUUCUGGAUUAUCCAACACAUUUUUGUAGUCAAUGUUUUCAGUACAUCGUGAUAUUUUGGUGCUAAAUUCAUAAAUACAGUACUUAUUACAUAGCAUUACUGUGUAUUGAACUACUUUUUCUGUCAAAUUUGUGGUUAACCAUGAUGCUUUGUUGCUUAAUUUGUAAAAUCAUAACCUAAUUUGAUGUGUAAUAGGCUUUUCCUUAAUCCCUCCUUAUUAUCCAACAUAUUCGCUUAUCCAACGUUCUGCCGGCCCAUUUAUGUUGGAUAAGUGAGACUCUACUGUAGUUUGCAUUUACUGUAGUUAACUCACUAAGAGUAAGGGGAAAGAUUCUGACCUUUAUUGAAGUUUCAAGCAAAAACAAAUUGCUACAGUCUCCUAGCGUAUGUUUGCCUCCUCAUUAGUAAUUUUGACACCUUAACCACAUUCUGAUGUUGUGUGGCCACACAUGUCUCAGGUUAGCUAUGAGAAAGGCAAAGACUAUAUUUCUAGCUAUCACAUUUCCCCCGAUACAUCAUGGGUAUUAUUGUUCACUGAAAAUCAAGGAGGAAUGUUAUUCUUAAACCUGCAUGAGUUACUUCAGUGCUCACAGUUUUUCUCUGGUAUCUUCUGGAGGGAGACUUUUGACAGAAAAGAGCCUUGAGCAAGAGCCACACCAGCUGCGCAGUUGCGCAACUUCCAUUCAUUUCAGCACCGCUUCUGCAGGAAACAUUCCUGACCAAUCUUGCCCACAAAUGCUUAUCAGAGCAACACAUGCAUCUACCAAGGUGACGUCUGGCAGCUCUUUACUAUCAUAAAAUCAUCCUACAGACAACAGUCCUUGGAUAAAAAAAGAACGAAAGAAAACAAUGCCAGUUUCAGCGGCAAUGUCAAAAGGAAAAUUGAGCAGCAAAAAGACACUGGAAGCAAUUUUGCUUCAAAACAAAGCCUGCGUUACCAGCCAGAGAUAUCAUUUCAAAGAGGAGGAGUGAGCAUUUUAAUGGGAACAGUACAACGAAGGUGAGAGCCUUCUGAUCCAUUGGUUCUAGAACAGGAAGCAAAGGGUGAGUUUUCAUUCCUUCCUGGAAGAGGAGGAGGAGGAGGAGAAGGAAAGGGAAGGCCACCAUGAGAAUUCAUACAUCACCUUCAAAGACACUUACCAUGCUCCUUUCUUUGAGCAUGUGGCUUGUGAAUGGUCAAUCACCUCCUGGGAAGCCUACAAUAAUAGGUUGCCAAUUGUCAGGAAAUGAAUCAUUUACCUGUCGAUGGGAAUCUGAUUCAAGUGGAGGACUUCCUAAAAAUUACUCUCUACUGUAUCUCACAGAAAGAGAUGAACAGCUCCAUGAAUGUCCAGACUACAUAUCAGCAGGCCCCAAUUCGUGUUAUUUUGAUAAAAGCUACACCAGGCUUUGGACCACAUACAAUAUCACAGUAAAAGCUACCAAUGAUUUGGGGAGUAAUUUCUCUGAUCCUCACUCUGUGGACAUGCGAACCCUAGGUAAGCCAGAGCCUCCCUUGGAUCUUUCUCUGGAGCUCAGACAGUUGAACGAGACACUGUAUUUGUGGGCAAAAUGGUCACCGCCACCUUCAAUAACUGAUGGUGCAGCAAGCUGGGAAAGCUGCAAUUAUGAGUUGCAAACAAACAUCGAUGGAGGAGCAAAAUGGGAGAUUUAUGCUGUCGGGAAGCGAACACAAUAUAAAAUAUCUCAGUUGCGUCCAGAUGUGAAAUAUACAGUUCAGGUUCGCUGUGUAAGAGAUAGCGGGGAGGCUAGUGAAUGGAGUCCAGAAAGCUACUUCAAACUCCACAGUGGCCAACCUCCAGGGAAGCCAGAGUUAAUAAGAUGCCGCUCUCCCGAAAAAGAAACCUUUACUUGCUGGUGGAAACCUGGUUCUGACGGAGGUCUCCCUAAUAACUACAUUUUCUUCUAUAACAAGGAAGGAGAGGAUGAGUUCCACGAAUGUCCAGACUACACAACUGCAGGACCCAAUUCUUGUUAUUUCAGUAAAAAGCAUACUUCUAUUUGGAGGACAUACAAUUUUACCAUAAAGGCUAUGAAUGAGAUAGGAAGUACUGCCUCUGACUCUUAUUAUGUGGAUGUGGCUAACAUAGUUCAGCCAGAUCCUCCAGAAAACCUGUCUCUGGAAUUUGAGAAAAAAGUGUAUGGGGAGUAUCUCUUGUUGAAAUGGUCUCCACCGUUGCUGGGUGAUCUCAGAUCCGGCUGGCUCACCCUUGACUAUGAGUUGCGCAUAAAACCAGAAGAAGGGCAAGUGUGGGAGAAAAUAUUUGUUGGACAUAGAACAACUUACAAGAUGUACAGUUUAAAUCCAGGAGAAAGAUAUGUUGCCCAAGUCCGCUGCAGGUCUGACCAUGGCUUGUGGAGUGACUGGAGUCCCAAAAGUUACAUUAAGCUCCAAAAAGACGUCAGAGUGAAGGAUAUACUUGUUUGGAUCUUUGUGGCUUGUUUAUCGUUUGCUGUGUGUUUGAUCAUGGUCUGCACUCUUGCUCUGAAAAGAACUAACAUGGUGGCCCGGAUUCUGCCACCCAUUCCACGUCCGAAAAUUAAAGGCUUUGAUGCUCAGCUAUUAGAGGCGGGGAAAACUGAAGAAUUGCUGAGUGCCCUGGAUUGCCAUGGUUUCCCUCCAACGUCAGAUUAUGAUGACCUGCUGGUGGAAUUUUUGGAAGUAGACGACAGCGAAGACCAGCAACUGAUGCCAAGUCAAGAGAAGAAGUAUCCCAAUUCCACGCACCAGGAUACAGACAGCGAUUCGGGGCGAGGAAGUUGUGAGAGCCCUUCUCUAUUAUCAGAGAAGCGCAAAGAUGCCAGAAAUCCAGCUGAACUGAAAACACUGGAUAUCGAAGGUGUGCAAAAGAACGCUGGUAUAAAAAGCACACCAGAAACCUCAAAUAUAGACUGUGAAGGACAGCUUCCCUGGUCCAGCAGUGGUGGACCACAGGCAUCCACAUGGCCAGGGCCUCAGCUGCCAAACUAUCAGACUCCUAAUUGUUUCAAUAAGGAAAUCACAGAUGUGUGUAAAAUAGCACUCAGUGCCAUUAAUGGAAACAGGUCACCUGUUUUGAUGGAGAGUGAAAAUACACUCCAUCAUUCCCAACAUCCGAAAACCACAGAAACAAUUAGCAAAGGAGCACCAACCAGGUUGGAGGAUGGGACAAACUUGCCCUUAAAUGUUCAUGGUGACCAAAGGGCCUUGUGGUUAUUCCCUCCGGUGAGGUUGCCUUCUUCAUCUAUAAAGCCAAUGGACUAUGUAGAAGUCCACAAAGUCAACCAUGAUGGAGUGCUGGCUGUUUUUCCAAAGCAGAAAGAAAAUGCUCACAAAGCUGAGAAGAGUCCUGCUGCCAGAGAUACAAAUGAAUACACCAAGGUUUCAACAGUUGCAGACAACCAUAUUUUGGUGUUAUUUCCUGAUCCCAAAAUGGAGGCCUUGCCUUCUUUUCAGGAAACGCCAAAGGAACCCAGCCAGAUAUAUUCACAAAGCCAAGCAGAGAAAAGUAUGGGCUAUUGUCUCUCAGCUCCAAAUGCAUUCAAAAUGCAGAGUGGUGGACUGGACUACAUGGAUCCAAAUAAUUUUAUGCCCACUUUUAAUUAAUUGAAAACUUUACAGUCCACUUCAGGUAACACUACAAGUAAAGUAGAUGGAACAAAAUUGGUCAAAUAUCUGAUUAAGCUCAGUUGUUGUAGCGCAUACCUUUUUAUGCUUUAUGCUCAAUCAUGUAAGAAUAUGCUGAUAGCUUACAGAUGUGUUUUUAUUCUAUCUCUGGUUUUUCAGAGCUACAUUUCUAAAGAGUAACUUGCAGGAAUUUAAAAGUACAUGAUGUAGACACAUACAACUGAUACCAGUUUGUGAUAUGUUAUUACAGAGCUGACGCAAUGUGUGACAAAAACAACCUCAGAUCUUUUUCAAAUGUUUGUUGAGAAAUUCAGGCUGUAUUUCUUUUUUAAAAAAAUUGAAAAACUAUAUGGCAGUCAGAUUCUUUAACUACACCAACAGUAUCUUAAGAUAUUUUUCACGUGUGUUCUACAAGUAUUGUAAAUUGUAAACUUUACAAUACAAGUGUGAUAGAGUGUGCCACUCCAGUGCAUAGCUUGUGAAAGUUACAUUUUGAACCAGCAUUCUCAAAAGCCCCAGUGGUCAUGCUGGCCAGGGGAUUCUGGGAGUUGUACAAGAUGUUUCACACUGCUCCAGUAGAGAGGAUAUAUGCUUUGUGUGCAACUAAUCAUGGUUUUGGGUGGGGAGAUGUUUUCUUCAUGUGAACUGAGCCAUAGUAAUGCAGAACAUACGCAGGACUUCGUGUCCACUCCGUGCUGCCUCUGGUCUUCAAGAACAUUCCUGUCCAAAGUGCCACAAAUCUACUUCAUUCACUGCCAGUUGUGCAAUUAGUGUCAGGCCUGGCUGCUGAUAUGAGGGGACCUUCUGCAUGGAGCUGGAUGCUGGCUUCUUUAUACUGGCGGAACCCAUUCCAGUGUUAGCAAACUGGUGGCCAAUCUGCUCUUUCACUUCUUUAUUCCUAUUUACAUGGAGAGUGAACAAGGCCUGCCAGAGAAGAGGAAUGGUGGCAACUCUCCUUUAGCAAGGACCAGGAAGCCACCAUUGUAAUGACACACAAUGCACCAGGCCAAAAAAGUCUGGUGGGAUGGACGUCUAUGGAAAUGAUGGGUAAAACUCUUGGCAUAACAUUAUUCUGGGAUAUAGUGAGAGAUUUCAGUGGCAGCCACAUUCCCUGCUUAUCAGUGGUAUACUGGAAUUGGGGAGUCAGGAUAGUACAGUGUAGAUUGACCAUGGAGUUGGGUUGGAGAACCUAGAGAUUCCUAUAGGGAUGCCUUCCCGGUUGUUGACCAUUGAGUUGUACAGAGGGACCGAGAUCUUCCAGCACAACUCCAUGGUUGACUUCCUUGAGGGGUGUGCUCUUACCCAAAGUUGACCAUGGAAUCUCUAGGUCCUCCAGCCACAACUCCAUGGCCAGUUUAUUAGUGGGGUGCAUUCUCAGCAGAUGUUGAGUAUAAUGCUGUACUGGAGGACCUAGAGAUUCCUGGAGGGAUAUUCUCCAUCCCCCAUUUGUUAACCAUCAAGCUGUACUGGAAAAUCUAGGUCCUCCAGCACAACUCCAUGGUCAACGUCCCAGAGGGCAGAGCUCUUAUUGGAAGCUGACCAGGGAAUCUAAAUCCUUCAACACACUCUAGGGUCAACUCCCUAGAGGGGUGGGCUCUCAUUAGAGGUUGACUAUGGAGUUGUGCUGGAGAACCUAACACACACACCAUAUUAAUCAAAUCCACAAAAAAAUAAAAUCUGCGAAAGUGAAACCUGCAAAUAUGGAGGAACAAGAGACCCACUCUAGCUGAUGACGGCUUUCCCUUUUGCUGAUGGUGGACCUGGUCAGUGCCAUUGCUUGACCACCCAUGUUCUACAUACUUAGUUGGAGAUUCAGUAAAAUUAACCAAAUAUUGCAUUCAAAAAAGUUAAAUAUAUGAGAGGGAAACAUACAGACACUUGCAUGAUAAUUGUUGGUGGUGUUCAUGCAGUUUUUCUGACAUGCCUCUAGUGAAAGGCUAAUGCAGGUUUUUCUGUUAGAUUUUUUCCUGGUAUUUGUAUUUUUAAAUUUAAAAACCCCUAGUUCUGUGGGUGAAAAAAGUAUUAUACCAAAGAUCUUUUAUCAGAUCUGAUAUAUUUAAAACAUUCCUGAAAUGAGAGGGGGAAUCUGCUAUACUGGUUUUCCUUCUUUGUUUCUGUAUGGUAAAUUAUUUUGUAGCAGAACCUGUGGCCUUCCACAUAUUAGACUACAACUCCAGAAGCCUUAGUCAGCAGGGCCAGAGAAUACAAGUGCUGGGAGUUGCAGUCCAACCUCUGGAGGACCACAUGUUGUCCAUUAGCCUUUACAUCUAGCGACCAAUAAUACUUGUAUUAGCUGGUCGACUGAUACAGCAUUGGGGUGAGGAAUUUUUUUCUAUUCUUACAGUGAUCUGAAUUACCCCUCAGCAGGAUUCAAUUUAUACUGCCUUAUUGUACAUAGUAAAAGGUAUAAUACGUACAAGCCCUGUGUAUUUUUGCAAAGUAUUUUUCUAUUAAAAAUAAAUGUAUUUUCUGAUUUCCCAGAGGUAUGUACUUAACGAAAGGUUUUACUGCCUCAUUUCUUGCUGUUCUGUGAACAAUGCAGGUGAUGAGAGAGGAAGAUGCACUUUCUGUAAUGAAACUGUGUGUAGGGGGGUAAUGCUGAAUAUGUGACAGGUUGUGUUUCUUAAAAGUCUUCAACUUUUCCUCCAGUAUCAUAGAAUCACAGAAUUGGAAGAGACCGCAAGGACCAUAUAGUCCAAGCCCCUGCCAUGCAGGAACACACAAUCAAAGCACUCUCAACAGAUGGACAUCCAUCCUCUGUUAACCCCCAACCCCACCCCAUCCAUGUGAGCCGCCCUGAGUCCCCUCGGGUGAGAAGGGCGAGGUAUAAAUGUUGUAAAUAAAUAAAUAAAUAAAUCCACCCCCAAAAAGAAGGAAACUCAGGCAGCGUGUUUCACUGUCAAGCAGCUUUUACCAUUAAGAGAUUCCUCCCAAUGUUUACGUGGAAUCUCAUUUCUUGUAGUUUGAAUCCUUUUCCCCAUGUCAUAAUCUCUGGAGCAACAGGAGGAAAAACCUUGCUCCACAUUCAACACUUCUUUUUGUAUGUUUAAAUACCACUAUCAUGUUUCCCCUUAACCAACUCUUCUCCAAACUAGACAUACUCCAUUAGCUGGUCCUGUAGGUGAUGCUUUCCAGACCUUGUACAGUUUGGUCACCCUCCUCCAGGCAGAGUCCAGAUUGUCAAUUUCCUUCUUGAAUGUUAUGCUAUUCCAGGCAAGGUCUGACCAAACAGAAUAGAGUGGUACUAUUAGUUCUCUCAGUGUAGACACUAUAUUCCUAUAGAUGCAGCUUAGAAUCACAUUGGCUUUUUUAGCUGCCACAUCAACCUGCCGAUUCAUGUUCCUUGUGUGGCCUACUACUAUGCCUACUAAGGCUCACGCUGCAAUGUAAUGUUGUCAAGCCAGAUGUCACCCAUCCCAUUUUGUCAGUUUUGACCGAGCUCUCCAAUCUACUAAAGGUAAUUUAAAAAAUCUGAUCCUGUCCUCUGGCCUAAUUUGGUGUCAUCUGUAAAUGUGAUAACCAUGCUUUCUAUUCUGUCAUAAAAGUCGUUGAGUAACACUGAGCCCAGGACAGAAUCAGUGGCACCACACCAGUCAGUUCUCUCCAGGAUGAAGAAGAGUCAUCGGUGAGCACCUCCUGGGUUCAACCGGCCAAUUACAAAUACAUCUAACAAAUGUCAUUGUCUAGCCCAUAUUUGACCAUCUUGUUUGCAAGAAUAUCAUAGGGGGACUUUGUCAGAGGCCUUACUGAAAUCAAGAUAUGCUACAUUCACAGCAUUCCCUUCAUCUACCAAAUUUGUAACUCUGUCAAAAAGAAAGAAAGAUAAGAUUAGUCUGACAUGACUUGCUUUUCAUCAACUCACGUUCAUUUUUUAAUGACCAUGGCAUUCCUUUCUAAGUCUGUUUAAUUAUCUGAUCUGGAAUCUUUCCUGGAAUGGAUGUCAGGCUGAAUGGUUUAGGUCCUCUUUUACUCCCAUCUCUCAUUUGCCCUCUUUCCAAUCUGCUGGAACUUCUCCUAUUCUCCAGGAAUUCUCAAAGAUGAUUGCCAGCAGUUCUGAAAUUACUUCUGCCAGUUCUUUUAAUACCUUUGGAUGUAAUCCAUCUGGUCCUGGAGACUUGAAUUCAUUUAGAGUAUCCAGGUAUUCCAAUACUACCUCUUUACUUAUUCUGUGCUGCAUUCCCUCCACUGCGUCAUCUACUCCAUUUUCCCCAGGUCAUAUAUUUGUAUACAUUUUUCAAGGGACUUGCUCUCUCAGUGCAGCUCUUAUACACAUUUACAGGAUAACAUUGAAAUCAGUUGUCUUUGCAAUGCCAAGUGCAUUCAGCUUAUACCAUAGAGGUGCACAGAUAAACCAUGCUCUUCUGUGUCCAUGUCUGUCGUAGAGUAUCACAACUAUAGAGAAAUUUAUGUCCAGUAGCACUAGAAAUUCUAGCUGAAUGUCUGCCUCUCUAGGGUUUUUUUGUUCUAUACAAUACUUACUAUGCUAUUUAAGUCUAUACCAGACAUAGAAAAACUUCAAUUUCUGUCGGAACCAGGAUUCUGGACUAUCAAAGCUUUUGUUCUGACUCUGCAAGGCUCAACCUAUGUUCUUGUAUCUGGACAUGUUUAAUUCAGCUCUUGCCAAACCAGUGAUCAUUGUUGAAAAAGGCAAUGCUUAGCUCUACUCAGAUGUCAUUGUAUUUGAAUUCCUACAAUUGACUACAUUCACUUUGCUGGUGGUAAUCUGUUUCUUGCCCACUAAGGAAAAUGGAAAAUAGUUCUGUGUCAAAACAAUUCUUUACAAUAGUUAAAAUUAAGAAGAUUUGUUAAAUGUACACUAGCUAAGUAUGUGGUAACCACUUUCAAUUGCCAUCAUUAAAGGACGUCUUGGAACAGUACCAUUUGUUCAGUAAAAUUCACAAACAGCAAAGAGCAAGCCUCAUUUGGGCUAAAUAUUAAAUAUAAAUAAAUUAUUCUCCUGAGGUAUUGCUGACACUCGUGGUUGUGUGCUUAUUUCCAAUAUUUUCCAAUACUGCUAUCUGUUAAUUUGUAUGCAGUAGAAACCUAUGAGUUUCCCUAUACCCAUUUUCUACUGAUGAUAUUAAUUAAAAACUGUGGUAUUUGGGAUCCCAAUACUGAUGAUGUUGAAUAGGAGUUGAAGAUUUUUUGUUCUUUAUGCUGUGAUAUAAUUUUCCAGAAUUAAUAGCAAUUUUUGAAUGUUUAAUUUUUAUUCCUUAUACAAAGCAAGUCUGCCUUUUCCAGCAGAAUUGCCAAGUAACAAAUUAUGCCUUGAAUUUGUUGGUAUGUUUUUGUGCAGCUACUCAUAUGCAACCAUUUUUAAUAUUAUUCUGUGUAUCAGUAAUGACCACUUGUUAAAAUCCCAUUUGCAGCUUUUCCCCGCUAAGCUAUUUAUUUAGGGAAAAUAAAUAGCUUUUUAUUUUCUCUCUAUUAUGCAUUUAAAUCUAACACACACCCAUUGGCUGCCAUUUUAAACGUAUCUGAUUCAUGUAGUGAGUCCUAUAGAACACAAUGGGAUUUACUUGGACUGAUACGUGUGAACAAGGAUAGUCAUUUUCCAUUCGACCUACAUCAUAUGUGAGUGCUGUGUAGGAAAACAAAAACUAACUAAAUUUAUGUUUGCUGCAAAGCUAUAAAGCUGUGCAAUGGGACAGGUGUGAUGGAGCAGGCUUGUUUGUUUUUCAUACUACCUCACAUUUAUUUUCCCCUUUAAAAUCAGAUAGAAAGUGUGUGUGUGUGUGUGUGUGUGUGUGUGUGUGUGAUUGACUGAAGAAUGGAGAUGUCAAAAUAUUGAUUAUUUUAAAAGAAGCUAAUUGAAUCCUUUACAACUGCCUUGAUAUGUGACAGAGGGAUGUUUAAGGAGGUAGACAAUCAUUUUCAGUAGUGAAUUUUACACCCCAGAUACCUUGUAUUUAUCUAUGUAUGAAGCCCUCUUCAGAAUUUUUAAAUGCAUGCCGGUAGCAGUAGAAAUGUGCAUAAGCGGCUUCUCUAAAUUUACCGUAAGCCUGUUUGGACACAACUGCAUGCAGAGAGAGUACUCUCCAUGCAAUCAGGAACCUUGCCUUUGCUUAUUGCUUUCACUUCAAAUUUGGAUAUAAUGUGUUUGUUUGUUUGUAUGUGUGUGUGUGUGUGUAAAUUGUGCAAUUGUUCUUUGCUCCUUAAUUGCCAGACUGAUCUGGGGACUAUUUAGGUCAUGUGAAGGGAUUAGAGGCUCACAAAGGGCAGAAUCAUUGCUGCCAAACCAGGCAGCAUUGAGGCAGUCAUGUGUUCCAGUGAAAUAGAAAGGGGUUGCCACAGCCAAGCAUUCAGUAUUUUCUGAUCAAAUACUGACUGAAUCUGAGAAAACAGGAAAUUUUAAAUUCGGUCCGGCUCCCAGCAGAAUCUGCUUGAUCCUUUUAGAUCUUGGGAAGAUUAGAUUUUGGUUCACAGCUUCCAGGACAUCCUAUUACAAGCAUGGCUACUAAAAGAAGUAGUUGAAAAAGAUUUCCAAAAUCUGCUUCUAUCCAGAAUGGCCUUUGGGCUUUCUCUACAGCCCAAUAACACUUUGCCAGGACUCCAGCUAUUCUAACUUGGUUCAAUCAACCAAUCUUUUACAUCUGAAGUUGGCCAACUUAGUGAAGAGAGUUUAGCAAAAAUAUUGAUAGAUAGAAAGAAAAGACUCCUCCUAAUUUUUGCAUUUACACCCCUAUGAUAUGUACCCUAGAAAAGGGGCCAUUUUCCCUUCCUCUGUUCUUUUUAAGGCUGCUAAACAUAGUCCUCAAAGAGUACUUUAACAUGUGUGAUUAACAUCUGCCUAUAAUGUGAACUGAAUUACUUACAUGAAUCUAAAUCAGAUCUAUACAACUUUGUGAUAACACAGUCUGUUCACGAUGGAUGCAGGUAGUGCUGGCCCUUUCACCAGACACAAUGAGGUACUUAACUAGUUCUAGCCAGAGAAAAACGUUAAUUCCUUGCCCGAUUCUUGCUCUGUUUUACUACCAAAUAUGUGUAAAAGUGUUUUUAGGAUUUUCUGACUUAGGUGCCAAAGCCAUAUGUUUGGUAUUUUGCCUCUCAUCAUGGAAAAGGUUCUGGUUGCCUGAGUGGUCCUCCUUCCAAGUUAAUAGCCAAUGGGGGCUUUAUGAAUCUGCUACAGUGGAGUCUCACUUAUCCAACAUAAACGGGCCGGCAGAAUGUUGGAUAAGCGAAAAUAUUGGACAAUAAGGAAGGAUUAAGGAAAGCCUUAAUCAAAUUAUGUUAUGAUUUUACAAAUUAAGCAUCAAAACAUGUUUUACAACAAAUUGACAGAAAAAGCAGUUCAGUACUCGGUAACAUUAUGUAGUAAUUACCGUAUUUACGAAUUUAGUACCAAAACAUCGCAAUGUAUUGAAAACAUUGACUACAAAAACACUUACUGCAUCGGAUAAAACAGAACAGUGGAUAAGCAAAGGUUGGAUAAGUGAGACUCUACUGUAUUUUAAAUGCCACUCUAGGGCUGCCAAAAAUGGAUGGGGUUGCCAAGCUACUAAUAGGCUACUAUAUGUACCUUGGUGACAAGUUUUAGGAGGCCUGUGCCAUAAUGUAUGUGUGCUUUCUCUUUCUCUGUAUUUUGACAUGCAUUAAUAAUUCCCCUUUUUUUAUAAACUUGGAAGCACAAAUUAGUUUUUUGGUGUCGUGUGAAAAUACCGAAGAUACAGGCAAGACCUCUAAGAGUUCUUUCCAUAGGAGAAAAUAAAAUGAAAAUAAUUAUUGGCCAGACAUUAUUCCAGGUCUAAACAAUACAUGAUCCAUCAACCUAAAGGCAAGUUACCUGCAGUACUGGUGAUGCCUUUGUUUUUGUAUGUAUUUGUGGAUGACAAAACUAGGAAGUUGAUAAAUUACAUCUGCUCAAAAUGUGCGAAAAUCAGGUUGUAUUUACUCUGUCAUUGCAUCUCAUCUAGAUUUACAUAAAUGAUGACACAAUGGGAGGAAAACCUCACUCCUAGGUUCUUGAAUAUGCUUCUGUGCCACAGAAAUUGCAUUUCUCAUCACUGGGUAUUUAAUUGCUCUUUUAAUCUAACCGUUUGUUUCUGAAUAAGAAAUGGCAAGCCAUGAGUUACAAUGUUAAGACAUUUCUAACAAGGUUCGCAGUAUUGGUACUUUGUUACAGAUUCUUUCUAUUUUUGGAAAACAUUCUGUACUCUUCACUAUUGCAAAAGGUGAUAUUUGUUUUUGUAGGGUUAUCAAAAGUCUACACAUAAUAUUUGAUGUUCAGUAUUGCUAAGAAAUGGGCGACAAUGUACAUCUGAAAUCUCACUGCAUACUUUGUGGCAGAACUGAACGAGGUGGAGUGAGAUGGCCAUCUCAGGCCACCAGUUUGGGUGCAUUGAAAGGGCAACAAACAGCUGCCUAUCAUUGCUGUUAUUUUGUGGAAUCUUGUGCCUCCCGUUCCAGAACAAUAGCUAUGGAUUUGGUGUCCUUUGGUUCCUUUGGGUGCCACUUUCUGCCCCAGAUCAGGCAGCAAAGUGUCUCGGGUCAGCCCUGUUUUGAAACUUUCUCUUGCUCACUUUCUUCUAGUGAGCCGCAAAUAUGGAAGAAGACUACAGAUUUAUAUUUUCCUACAGGUCGUGUGAUUCAUACAGUCCUCUAUAGAUGAUUUCUCACCAGAUGAUCUUUUGUCAGUAAAGUAUUUCUUAGUAAAGUAUUUUUGAACCCCAAAUGUACUAAUCAACUGAAACUUUUUGAAUCAGGUGCAUUUAAUAUAUAUUUAGAAUAGGCAUUCACUGCUCCCUCAGGUCAUGAAAGAGGUUUGGUGGUCACAGUAUGUGCUUUUCUUUGCCAAUGUUUAGCAUUUUUGUGGUUGGCUGGUUGGGUUUUUUGGGUAAUUGGCCACUGGAGAGUAAACAUGGGCUCGGUUUGGAAGUUUGCUGAAUUAAGUACAGUAGAGUCUCACUUAUCCAACAUAAAUGGGCUGGCAGAACCUUGGAUAACCAAAUAUCUUGGAUAAUAAGGAGGGAUUAAGGAAAAGACUAUUAAACAUCAAAUUAGGUUAUGAUUUUACAAAUUAAGCACCAAAACAUCAUGUUAUACAACAAAUUUGACAGAAAAGUAGUUCAAUAUGUAGUAAUUACUGUAUUUAUGAAUUUAGCACCAAAAUAUCAUGAUAUAUUGAAAACGUUGACUACAAAAAUGCCUUGGAUAAUCCAGAACCUUGGAUAAGCGAGUUUUGGAUAAGUGAGACUCUACUGUAGUAACAUUCUACAUUUGGCCUAUUUAUUGAAAAUUUCAACUACAAACAUGCGUUGGAUAAUCCAGAAUGUUGGAUAAGCGAGUGUUGGAUAAGUGAGACUCUACUGUAUCUCCAUUCUAGAGGAAAACAUGGUAGAUGGAUCCCCUUGAACCUUUAGUUUGAAAACCACACAUAUGCCAUGUAUUUCACUUGAAGAAAGAGGCAGAAUUCAAGCUGUUUGGUUAGGUUCAUGCAUUACUAGUAGGAUAGUCCAUUUUUCAUUUGCUUAUGUGACUGAUACAUUUUUUUCUUUUAGAAACAAAUGUACUGUCUGUUUUUUGUUUAACAGAUCAAGAAAUAUUCCAGUUCACAGAGAUUCAUUUUCUUUUUGUGAAUGAUUUGGAUCCCCAGUUUUAUGGGUGAAGCUAUUGGACCUUGGUUGAAAAUCAGUUGCAUUUAAUAUAUUGAUUUGAGAACACUGGGAUAAAAUUAAAAGCUCAGGAAUCUUUUAUUGUUCGUUAAAUGUGUCUGGAGGACGAAUUGUUUUGUUGGAAGACAGUGGGGGAAAUUUUGCGUUGAAUAACUUAUUGUUGCUUUAAAUAAUGUCUGCCACUGGUUUCACUGUCUUGAUCAAUAUUGUUAUUGUGUAUGUACUUUUCUGUCACAGCCCUGUCCAUCUUUUUCCUGGUUGUUUUCCUUUUUGUUAGUGGUUGGGACGAGAAAGCUUUAUAUUGUGUUAUCCAACAAAAAGAAAUAAAAUAUUUCUUGAGCAAAAGACAA